AUGAUCCCCAAGGAGCAGAAGGAGCCAGUGAUGGCUGUCACGGGAGAUCUUGCUGAACCAGCUGGGUACCCCAGACUGGUCCUUGGUUCCAAGACCACCCUGUUCCCAGCCCUCUCUAAGGCCAAACUGAACUUCAAGGACUCCCUCUGGUUCCAGAUUCAGCCCAACCAGCCCUCUCUGACCUCUCCCACAGUCCCUUCGCUGGACCUGGGGAAGAAGCUGAGUGUGCCUCAGGACCUGAUGAUCGAGGAGCUGUCCCUCCGCAACAACCCGGGAUCCCUCCUCUUUCAGAAGAGGCAGCGCCGGGUGCAGAAGUUUACCUUUGAGCUUUCAGAAAGUUUGCAGGGUAUCCUGGCGGGAAGUGCCCGAGGAAAAGCGGCUGACAGAGCGGCGCUGGGGACGGUUCCCAAUGGCCCAGAGGAGCAGAACCACCGCUCUGAGCUCCACGUGUUCCAGGGGCCACCGGGGGACCCCAGGAUCGCCCAUCCGGGAGUGGCUGGGGUCGAGUCGGUCCGUAGUCCAAGCGCCCUGGCGCCAGGCUAUGCGGAGCCGCUAAAGGGCAUCCCGCCCGAGAAGUUCAACCACACCGCCAUCCCCAAAGGCUACCGGUGUCCGUGGCAGGAGUUCGUCAGCUACCGAGACUACCCCAGUGGCGGCGGAAGUCGCACCCCCGUUCUCCGCGACUAUCGCAACUUCAACAAGACCCCAGUGCCAUUUGGAGGACCCCGUGUCGGGGAGACCAUUUUCCAAGCAGGCACCCCCUUUGUCCCAGAGCCCUUCAGUGGCUUGGAACUCCUCCGGCUCAGACCCAGUUUCAACAGAGUUGCUCAGGGCUGGGUCCGGAAGCUCCCUGAGUCUGAGGAGCUGUAGCCUCAACUGGAAGCUCCAAUCCUUGGGCUUCGGGGCUCAAGAAACAUCAUGCUUCUCUUAACUCUGCUUGCAGCUUUUUGUAGAAUGUUUACCUAACGAGCACAAAGCCCUGGGUUCGAGUCCUAGCACCACGUAAACUAGGCAGAGUGGGUAUGCCUAAAAUCCCAGCCCCUGGGAGAUAGAGACAGAAGGACUGAAAGUCUGAGGUCAUCCUUGACUAGACAGUGAAUUUAAGGCCAACCUGGGCUACAUAAGACUCUUAUCGUUACCAGAAAAAAAAAAAAGGAAGGAAAAAAGAAGUUGUAACUCAGACUGGCUAUGAACUGUAGCUGAGGACCAUCUUGAACUCCUGAUCCUUCUGCCUCCCGCUCCCAAGUGCUGAUGAACAGAUGUGCACCCCAUGACUUCCCACUUACUGAGACACAGCCAGCUCUCAUCUGCACAUGCUCUCAGUGUUUCUGACACCUGCUGUGUGCUAGACAGUGCCAGGCCGAGGUCUCGAGAGGAAACGAUAGGGAAGAGAUCUGUAAAGCAGUUGGAUGCUGACAACUGAGAGCCAAGUGACAUGGAACAGAAGAACCCUGGGUGGGGUGGUGGGGUUUCAGAAACUUCCCAGAGGACUUGAACCAGACCUUAGAAGGGAUGGGAGCUUGUCAAGGAAAGAGGGGGUGACGAGAGGGCAUGUUUGGCAUGUGCUGAGGUGGAGUGAGACCGAGGCUCUACUGGGUAAAGGAGGAAGAAGUGAACCAUGGCCUCAGUGGUUGCUGUGUGGGGCCCAGGAGCAAUGCUGGAGAUCAGGAAGUCCACAAGGGGCAAGGCCUGGGACAGGAGGGGAGGAAAAAGUGGGGGUCAGCCUGUGAGGCCCUUUCCAGAACAGGUACAAGGUGGAACGCUUACACCUUCCCAUCCUCCAUUCAAGUGAUGAGGAUGCCACUCCUGACAGUGAGGUGUGACAGUAUCUUGGUGGUGGUUCUCUCCAAACCCUGUUCUAUAGCUGUGGCUAUCCCAUCUCUAAAAGGAAAUGAGGUGUCCGGAGCAGAGUCAGAAUGGAGGACUCAGAGGAAUCAUUUCACCGGCUGAGUUGACGCCGCCUCACUCCGGAAUAGUGGAGCAGUGUCAUGUCUUAUGAUUUAGAGUUUAACUGAUUGUGGGGACCAGGGGCACCCCACUAGAUGGGAUUUGGUUUACUCUGAGUGGCGUGAACUUGGGGAAGCCAUUUCCUGCUGGGCCUCUGCUUCUUUACCUGCAAGGCGAAGACAAGUGCUGGUCUUCUGCAGGGCUUGGGAACACAGGACAGGACAGUCCCCGGGCUCCGCCCCUCCUGCUGGAAUCGAUCUGACAUGGAUGCCAUUUAUAAAGCAGGCUGUGAGGAUGCAGGAUUCCAGGUCUGUGUGAAGCUGGUGAUAUAAGGGUUUCCUUUGACAGGAAUCCCUAGUCAGGCUGGACGACACAGUGGCUGUAUUUUUCUUUUGCUCUGUGGAGUUUUAGUCCUUUUCCUGGUUCCAGGGAACCACUAGCCUGAAUCUUGGGAUUCCUUACAGUUGAUGUUUCUCUUAGAUUUGGGACUGUCUUUCAAAGACAAAUUUCCAUAAUCUAUAAACGAACACCAUCUGGCAAGUAGGAGGACUUGGAUUGUUUAUGAAGCUCUGAGAGUGCAGAAGAGAGCCUGGGAGGGUGGGGUCCUGUACCCUAAAGCAGGUCCUCAUUCCUUCUUCUGACGUGAUUUUUGCUACUAAUAAAAUAUGACCAUGUCUGUGCAGCACGGCCCCUCCCAUGCACACCCUUGUGCCUUCCUACCCUGCACUCGGCUCCAUCCCUGCAGACCACAGGUAAACUACUGGUCUUUAGUGAAUACUAUGUGUGCUGUUUGUUAUUCAACAAGGACAUUUUGGAUCCUGAAAAAGCAAAUAAACAUCUCAUGUAACUUGGGAA